AUGCCGACUUUCAAACUCCGCCGAGCAGGCUUCUUAGAUCUCCCAGCUGCAGCUCGCACGUGUUCUUUGGCGUUCGAUGACGAUGUGCUGUUUGGCCGCCUGAUCCAUCCAUACAGGCGAUCCUACCCUGGUGACGUUGAUAAGUACUGGUACCGCCGGUUCGUCGUAGACUUCUGGGACUGGAGCCAUGUUUUCCUUGUGACCACGGGACCUGACGCUGCGGACAAGACAAAGGAGGUCGUGACCGGCUUCGCACAUUGGAGUCGAAUAGCUCCCGGCUGGAGAGAGAACUAUAGAGCUGGUUGGGGUCUGUCUGGGCUGGAUCCAAGGCGUCUGCUCCAACCGCUAUGUCGCUUGCUCAUGAGUUUCCUCGCGUUCGUCUCGCCAAACCGAGCUGCUUCGAAGGAAGACGAACUCAUUAUCGAAAGAUCCUACAACUACCUUGACCACAUAUGGACGGGCGAUCGAUCGGAAUCAUGGUAUCUCGAAUGCCUGGCUGUCCACCCAGAUUAUCAGAGGCAAGGCCAAGGCCGUGCUCUUGUCGGCUGGGGUUUACAGCAAGCACUUAAAGAAGGUAUUGCCUGCAGUGUUAUUGCCGCAGAUGGGAAGGAGAGAUUCUAUCAGGCUUGCGGCUUCGACGUUGGCCCGGUCGGAAGAUCUGGCGAAGGUGAAGGGAACCCGCUGAGAGAAGUCCCUGGUGGCCUAGUAUUCUUUCAUGAAAAGCGAGGCGUAGUCCUUCCAGAUCGGGAACUGGGAUCGUGGACGUAUGGGCACGGCGUCUUUGAUUGGGACAACUGGGAGAAGCAGGCUGAGGCAAGGAGGCAUAAGAUGAGUCUGAUUGAUGGCUUCUCCACAGCCCCCGGCACGCAUUGA